AUGUGGCCGUUUAUUGCAAUCCUGGUUUUGAUACAAGCACACCCGAACUCAGCAGAUGCCAUCGAGUGGGAAAAGGCUAUAAAUCCUGAGGCUUUCAUGAAUGUCAGCCAAAUGAUCUGCCACAGAGGGUACCCCAGUGAGGAGUAUGAAGUCCUGACUCACGACGGCUACUACCUCAACCUGAACAGGAUUCCUCACGGGCGACAAAAACCUCGGAACAGAGGGGCCAAACCGGUCGUGCUUCUCCAGCAUGGGUUGUUUGGAGAUGGCAGCAACUGGGUGGAAAAUCUGGCCAACAACAGCCUUGGCUUCAUACUAGCAGACUCUGGCUAUGAUGUCUGGCUGGGAAACAGCCGGGGGACAAGCUGGUCCCGGAGACACCAACACCUUUCAGCUGAGCAGGUUGAAUUCUGGAAUUUCAGCUUUCAUGAAAUGGCAAUGUAUGACCUCCCGGCCACCAUCGACUUUAUUCUGCAGAAGACCGAGCAGAAGCAGAUCUAUUACAUUGGCUAUUCCCAGGGCUGCACGAUCGCAUUCAUUGCGUUCUCAUCCAUGCCAGAACUGGCUCAGAAAAUCAAAAUGCUUUUUGCACUGGCUCCAGUAGUGACAACCAAGCACGCCAGAAGUCCCAUCAUGAAAAUGUCCUUCAUUCUGAACAAGCAAUUCAACGUGUUCCAGCUUCUGCUGGGCAGAACAGAUGCUUUCCUGUGGAUGAGGAAGCUGUGGAGCUUCCUCCCCCCGCUGUGCCGGCACCCGCUGAUACACAAGCUUUGUGCCAACCUCUUCUUCCUGCUGGGUGGCUACAACGAGAAGAACCUCAACAUGACACGGCUGGAUGUGUACACGGCCCACUAUCCGGAUGGGACGUCUGUCAAAAACAUGAUACACUGGGCCCAGAUGAUUAAAUCGGGAGAAUUUAAAGCCUUCGACUAUGGCAGCAAAAACCCAGAUGUAUACCACCAGGAGACACCUCCCUCCUACCGGGUGGAGGAGAUGCCCGUGCCCACCGCAGUGUGGUCGGGGGGGGAGGACUGGGUGGCUGACUGGAGGGAUGUCCAUCUGCUUCUGCUCCGCAUUGCCCAUCUUGUCACCUAUGGCCACAUCCCCGACUGGAACCACUGGGACUUCCUGUGGGGCUUGGACGCCCCCAGGCACCUGUACAGCAGCAUCCUGGAGCUGAUGGAGGAUUCCUGGUAG